AGAGGUGUUGUGAAGGAAGUGGGUCUCCGCGUCCCACGCAGAGGAGGGUUUUCCGGUUAAAGUUUCCUUUGUGAUUCGGAAGUGGUGGUGCGAUGCCAAAGCUGUUUAUCCUCACAGACACAACACACAAGUGGCGACCAUGAAAAAAUCCCUCAAAGCUCUGUCCUGCUGAGAUGGGAAAACGCCCCUUCAGGAUUUAGUAAUACAGGUCUCUCAGUCACCCUGGCAACGCUACACCCACAGAAAGGGGAGGAGCCAAGUCCUGGCAGCAUGGAAGUCACUGGGACGCCAGGCUUGGCCCCGAGCCCACAGAGCGAGGCAGUGACCAGUGAGCUUCAGGAGCUGUCCCUUCAGCCUGCACCCGACCCGAUGCCUCUGCAGGAGAGAAAGAAUGUCCUCCAGCUCAAACUCCAGCAGAGACGCACACGAGAGGAACUGGUCAGCCAAGGGAUCAUGCCACCACUGAAGAGCCCGGCGGCCUUUCACGAACAGCGGAGGAGUCUGGAGCGAGCAAGGACCGAGGACUAUCUGAAGAGGAAGAUCCGGAGUCGUCCUGAGCGCUCAGAACUGGUCAGGAUGCACAUUCUGGAGGAUUCUCCGAAGGGGGAGAGCUCGUCUUUAGAUGAAGACAGCAGUGAUGCUCUGUCACCAGACCAGCUAACCAAUCACGACUCUCCUCUGAGUGCCGUCCCCCAGCUGUCCCCCUCUGACGCACUCACCCAGAACGGGGACAUGUCCCCCCCACAGUUCAUUACACAGUCCCCUCCUCCACCUCCUCCACCACCUCCACUCCAGGUGAAUGGGUCAGACAUCUCCCCAUUCCCAAAAGUGACAAAUGGGACAAUGGUGACCUCGGCAAACUCCCGCCCCUCUACUGGACAGGUCAAGCAGUCUCAGGCUAAGACGAGUUCAGACCGUCCUCCACAGAGACCUAAGAAACCAAAGGACAGCAAACCCAAGGUAAAGAAGCUGAAGUACCACCAGUACAUCCCUCCAGACCAGAAGGCAGACAAAGAGCGUCCACCCCAGAUGGACUCGUCCUAUGCGAAGCUCCUCCAUCAGCAGCAGCUUUUUCUGCAGCUGCAGAUCCUCAACCAGCAACAGCAGCACUACAACUACCAUACCAUCCUGCCCGCCCCUCCCAAGCCACCAAGUGAGCAGUCUCCCACAACCAACUCUGGCCCUUCCCCUUCCCGCAGUGUUCCCGCAACUACCACCCCCACCCCCUCCAAUCAGAGUGGGACUGCCCGUCAGAGCCAAACUGCAGUGGGAGGAGCCAAACCAAGCACUCUGCCAGCCAACCUGGAUGAGUUCAAAGUCGCUGAAUUGAAACAGGAACUGAAAUUGCGUGGUCUGACCGUCUCAGGCACAAAGAAUGAUCUCAUUGAGAGGCUCCGCAACUACCAGGAGCAAAAUGGCGGCACCGCAGCGGUUCUGAAAAACGGCUUAUCGCAGCCCAGUCAGCAGGGUAUGACCUCAGCUGCCAACACCGUCACAUCCUCUCCAACCACAACUACCAUCCAUGACCACCAGUCACGAGAGGGUGGGUUUAGGUUAGCUUUGUCAUCGUUGGCUCAGGUGGUUCCAGGGCGGGUCAUGCGAUUUGGCAGCACCAGCUCCAGCCCUCCGGUCUCCCCUAGUCCAUCUGAGAGGUCGUUGGCCGGGAUGAGUCCAGAUGAGACGAGCUGUAACGGAGACAUGUUUGGAGAGAUGGUGAGCUCCCCCCUGACCCAACUCACCCUGCACCCGUCUCCUCAGCACCCAUCAAAUGUCUCUCCGCUCUCCAAGGUCAAAGAGGAGAACCAGAGCUCAUGCUGCCUCUCUAGGCCUUCACCCUCGUCAUGUCAGCCUCCAGAUCCACUGUCUGGAGUAGCCAUGGACACCAUGGACAAGGACCAGAUGCUCCAGGAGAAAGACAAACAGAUCGAGGAGUUGACCAGGAUGCUGAGGCAGAAGCAGAGGCUGGUGGAGACCCUCAGGUCCCAGCUGGAGCAGGGCAAAAUGGCAGGUGGGAUAAUGUUGGAGAAGGAAGGAAGCGAGAAGAACAGAACAUCCCCAGAGGUUAAACUUCCAACUCUCAUAAAAGCCUCUGCCAUUCAGCCUCCCACUCUCCCUAACGGCAUCGUGGUGAAGGUUAAGAAGGAGGUGGAGCCCGAGGAGGGGAUGGAGGGAGUAACGGAGGAGGCUCAGGCAAAGAAACCGGCCCAGCCGAUGCAGUGCUCGCAGGAGACUCUGCUCAGGCUCCAGCACAUUCAACGGCUGCAGGUCCAACAAGCUGAACAGCAGAAACAGACACUGCAGCACAGUCAGGUGCAACUGCAGAAAGUGGUGGAGGCUAAGUCGAACCCUCAAAAAGUACAACAGCAGAAGAAAGAAGCCCAAAUCCUGCUCCACCAGCAGCAUCAACUGCAGCAGCUCAUCAUACAGCAAACCCAACAGAAACAGGCCCAGCAGAAGUUAGCACAGCAGAAACUCGCCCAACAGAGACUCAGUCAACAGAAGCUAGUGCAGCAGAAUCAGCUCAAACAAACUCAAGGGCAAGUUCAACAGAGCCAGCAGAAGAACCCUGUUCAGCUGAAGCAGGUUCAGGUGCAGAUCCAGAAGCCUGCAGUGACCCAAACCCAGCAGAGGAAGCAGCUGAAGGCUCAGCAGAGGCAGCAGCAGAAACGGCAGACAGCAGCUGUCACCACACAGCAGGCGGCUCCGGUCCUCAUCAACCAACAGAACGGCACUCCGAUCCACACUCAGGCCAUUUCAUUAGACCUCCUCAAGGCAAAUGGCACGCCGACACUGGUCACCGACAGCAACGGCAACCACUACCUGAUCGCCCUCACCAGUAACGCCACAGACGGACAGAACGGAGUGUCCUCAUUGGCCAAAACCAACGGACGCAUCACGCUGCAGAGAUUGCAGUCGACUCCAAGUAAACUUCCCAGCACUGACAGCCAAUCAAAAGAGCAGCCAGAGGCAGAGCCUGAGAGCCAACAAAUCAAAAAGGGACAGAAGGCGGGGCUGCACCUGGACACCAAUGGCGUGCCACAAACCAGCCAAUCAGUCACCGCUCCGCCCAACCUGCAGCCUUUCUUUGACGACAUGUCAGACAGUGAAAGCCAAAGCACCUUCACAUCUCUCAAGAGAGAGGAGGUGUGUCCACCUUACGACCGGCACACACUGUUCACCCCUCCCUCUCCCAAACCCAUCACCUCCCUUCCUACUCAGCGCUCCAAAGAGAACGGCAUGAACAGUCAGCAGAUGGACGACCUGUUUGACAUCCUGCUCAAGAGUGGAGAAAUCCCCGGCUUCAAGGCCAACCCCGACCCUUCCCUCGCCCCUCUCCACUCCAACCCGCCCUCCCCAUCUUCUCCCCCGUCUCCCCUCCACCUCUCCCCUUCCACCCCUACGGAGCCCCUCAUCUCCCCUCCGCCUUCCGUGGGAGAGUCCUGCACAAGCAGCGGCCGUCUGGAAGACUUUCUUGAGAGCACCACAGGCGCCCCGCUGCUGGGCGUGGAGCCCGACGGCGGCCUGACGCUGAUCGACGACCUUCACAGCCAAAUGCUGAGCACGCCCAGCAUCCUGGACCACCCUCCCUCCCCCAUGGACACGUCUGACCUGGGCUUCUCCCCGCACUCUACGGGGCUGGACUUUGGCGACCCCACUCUGGACAGCAUGGACUGGCUGGAUAUCUCCAUGGUGGGGAGCACCCUCGGAGGGAGCGGGGGCAGCGGAGGGGGGAGAGGAGAAGAAGGACGAGGAGGAGUGGGAGCUGGCGACGGGGGCACGAGCCUGGCCCCGCUGGCGCCACACACUCCGCCGAGCGUCUUCUCGACCGAUUUUCUGGACAGCACGGACCUGCAGCUGCACUGGGAGUCGUGCCUGUAGCCCCCGCACACACACGGACACGCGCUGGCUCACACUGUGUACAGGCUCCGUCUUUAUUUCAUGCACAUACAGAAACCUUUUCUAUGCUGUCUCUACCACUGCGGGGGUCACUGGCACAUGCAAACACACACACAUUUACACAGUUUGCCCUGUCUUUCACUGGCUGUUACUGUAUGCAGGAUGAGGUGAAAUAAGAAAGAAACAGAAAUGAAAUUCAUAGAAGGACUUGAAUUGGUGGAACUGAAGUGGACUUUUUGAGAUUUAAUUCUAUGGGGAUCCACACAGCCGGCUGUUCAUUUCCUGUGUCCUGCAUUAUAACCAGGUUAAAGUGAACCAGCAGGAAACUAAGUGUAGGUCACUG